AUGCUACUGUCUUACAGUCAACGUUGCACCCAGCUGCAGGACACUGAGAGAGAAAGAGAGAGAGAGCGGCAACAGGAGGGCGGGAGUACUUUCUCCGUUUGUAGCACUGGGCAGUCCUUGCCUCUGGGUUUCAAGGGGGCGGCGGAAACACCAGGGCAGCACUGGAAGGAAAGCUGCCGAAGCGCGAUGGAUCAAGGGGGUUCCGCAGGCGGACGCCAAGCAGCGGCAGCGGUAACCGUCAAGGUGUUAGUUCUGGGUGACCCUGCCACAGGAAAAACAAGCAUCAUCAAGAGAUAUGUGCACGACUUUUUUUCGGGUCACCACAAGACCACCGUAGGGGUGGACUUCGCUCUCAAGCAGCUCGUGGUAGGGGACACCACUGUCAAGCUGCAGCUCUGGGAUAUCGCGGGACAGGAUAGAUUCGGGUCGAUCGCACGGGCUUACUACAAGGAGGCCCUGGGGGCCCUCUUGGUGUACGAUAUCGGGCGAAGCUCUAGCUUCAAGACGGUGCAGAGGUGGAAGGGGGAGAUAGACGAGAAGGUUCGUCUUCCUGACGGCGGGCGGCUGCCCGUGGUGCUGCUGGCGAACAAGUGCGAUCUCGAUAUUCCAAUCGACAGGGAAGCGCUCACGUGGUUUUGCGACCGACACGGGUUCGCGGGGUGGUUCGAGACCUCGGCCAAGCAAAACAUCAACAUCGACGAAGGGAGCCGGUUCUUGGUGGAAAAGGUCCUGGAAAGAAUUCCAGCGUCCGGGCACCCAUCUGGUCGCCUUGGAAUGAAGUUGACGGGAGAUGGGAACGGCGGGGGGGGCGACUCAUCCUCUUGCUGCUGAUGGAUGAGUUUGUGUUGUGGUGUAUCGGCUACAUGGCGGGCGAAAACUACGCCGGUCCAAAAGACCUGCUGGUGACUGCCUACUUGUAACUAGCGGAAACCAGCGGUGCCGAUAUACCGUACCGCGGUCCCGAAUAGCGCGGUUCCCGUAAUAUCGCGCAUACACUUCCUUGGCACAACACCUAGCGAGCUACUAAUUUAGUGACCGACCUCCCCCCACCAGUGCGGGUCCCGAUAUACCGCGGUGAUUUUUGUCUCUCUGCCACUACACUGCGAUUAGGCGUUUCUACGUUUUGGGUAAAUCAGCCCGAGCGUUCUGAACCUCUUUGGUUCUACUGCGCUUGGCUUGGGGUAAGGCGGAGUUGUUUGUUGCUUUCAUUUUAUUUGGUGUUUGUUGUGUUUAGGAGCACGUUGCUCAACGGAGAGCUGCUUCAACUUCACCUUUGGCGUGUUUGCAUUGCAGCCCCUUUUUGCGUUUUUGGGCGAAUCGUUGUCGGGAGGGCUACACUACACAUUUUUUUUUGCAGUAUACCAAUAGGAGGUUACUAUUCGCGUACGGCUGCUGUGUGACGUGCUGUUGGCUUGCGGGGGCGCUUUUUUUGUUUGUUUCGGGACGUGUCUCCUGUCUCCUCCCAGCGAUGGGGGUUUGUCCGUGGGUCAGGUCGCGAGUCUUGUUUCUUUUCUGUGUGUUCUGUACGGAGAACCCACACUGGAAGGCCUGGUGUUGAUAGUCGUGAGCGAAAACGAUGCCUU